AUGACUGCUUCUGAACAAUCUGAGCCUCACAAGCUUUCCUGGAUGCUAGAAGCGGUGAGAAAACGCCAGAGAAUGCCAAGGGAUGGGAAGAAGAGAUAUUACAAUGCUAAAGAAGGGGAAGAGACCAAGGGCGGCCGUGAAUUUCUCCGAGCAGGCAUUGCAGCAUGGGUGGUGUACGACGUCAACCGAGUCAGCGCCGAGGGUGGCUGCACCUUCGGCGGGCAAACGAAGCUGUACGAGCGAAUGGUAGCCCUUGAAGAAGAGGCAGCAGAAGACCCAGAGGCACUGAGACAGCAAGCCACCACCCUUCUCAAAAGAAUGCAAGAUAAAGAAGCUAUGGAGUUCAUCGACAGAUUCGCGAAAACCAUCGACUCAAACUAUGUGUCUCAAUCAGGUUUCAAGCCUGGAAAGAGGAAAUUGAUAGAAUCGGCAAUAUUGCAUAAUGGAGAGCGCCGAGCUAACCUGGCCCAGGCGAGAACGGCGACGCAGCAUGAUGGCUGUGCUACUGCGCCGGUGGCAGAUACGGCGACGAUGCUUGCGGUUAGACGCAGUACAAAGGCGUCGGAUACCUUCGGGGCAUUUCUUGGCCUCUCACCAUCGAAAGCGUCCUUGCUUUUCCCAGCUGAGUUGCUGGCUAAGGUCCAGGCGCUUGAGCAACGAACCGGCACGAGCGAUCUACUUCUCGAUAUAGGGAUGGCAUUUGUUGUAGGAAAGCUACGUUGGGGAUGUAUCGUUCACGUGAAAGUGCAGCCACAAUAUGUCAGCAGCCUUGCGCUGAGGUUGACGGGCAUCGAAUUCGAAGAGGCUGGUGGCGUUCGGUUCAUGUCUUCCCAGAAUUGUCGCAUCCUACCAAACUCAAACCUGAUUCUCUGUGGUUUAAAUCCGGAAGCCCUGCGAGAGCACUGCUGUGACGACAUCUUCCAGGCUUGCCUGCCACGAGAAGUUGAAGAGUCUAAUGCACUCUGGCCAAGUGCCAGUUCUUCUUUCUCCAUCCCCGCAAGCUCACACGAGGCGGGCGAGCUGGUUUUUAGGAUUGACUCCGCCGUAGGAUCAAAGUUAAAGGGCAGAUUAUUUCCUAAGUAA